GAGGAGUGGGGGGGGGGACGACAAAAAAUGUCCUCUUCCUCCCCCACGGACCAGAUCGCAAGUGCGGUGGAGAUAAAGCAAGAAAAUGGGAUGGAAGCCACCCCCGAAGGAAAGGAGGCGCCACCAGAAGUGGUGGGGGGAGCCGUGGCAGCACUCAAUCCUCCGGCUGCCGCCCCUUUCCCCAUGGAGCCCGUGGGUUCCACGGCUGCCGCUAGCGGAGAGGAGGGGGCGGCGGCUGCAGUAGCGGCGGCGGCGGCAGCGGCGGCGGCUGCAGCGGCGGCGGUGGCGGCGGCGGGAGCCGCGGCGGACCAGGUACAACUCCACUCUGAACUUCUAGCCCGAAACCACCAAGCAGCUGCCGCGGCGGCCGCCGCCGCCGCCGCUGCCGCCGCAGCCGCGCAGACCCCUCUGGCCUUCUCCCCGGACCACGUAGCUUGCGUUUGCGAAGCAUUGCAGCAAGGGGGAAACUUGGACCGCCUGGCCCGGUUCCUGUGGUCUCUGCCCCAGAGCGACCUGCUACGUGGCAACGAGAGCCUCCUGAAAGCCCGAGCCUUGGUCGCCUUCCACCAGGGCAUCUACCCGGAGCUCUACAGCAUCCUCGAGAGCCACAGCUUCGAAUCGGCCAACCACCCACUUCUGCAGCAGCUCUGGUACAAGGCGCGCUACAGUGAAGCCGAGAGAGCGCGGGGCCGGCCCUUGGGAGCCGUGGACAAGUACAGGCUCCGGAGGAAAUUCCCCCUGCCCCGGACCAUCUGGGACGGCGAGGAGACGGUGUAUUGUUUCAAGGAGAAGUCGCGCAACGCGCUCAAGGAGCUAUACAAGCAGAAUCGUUACCCGUCCCCGGCAGAGAAGCGGCACCUGGCCAAGAUCACCGGCCUCUCCCUCACUCAGGUCAGCAACUGGUUCAAGAACCGGAGGCAGCGCGACCGGAACCCCUCUGAGACCCAGUCCAAAAGUGAGUCAGAUGGUAAUCCCAGCACUGAAGAUGAGUCCAGCAAGGGACAUGAAGAUUUAUCUCCUCAUUCACUCUCCAGUUCUUCUGAUGGAGUCACCAACUUGAGCCUUUCAAGCCACAUGGAGCCAGUGUACAUGCAACAAAUUGGAAACACUAAAAUAUCAUUAAGUUCCCCUGGAGUUUUACUGAAUGGAGGCUUAGUACCUGCAAGUACUUCACCUGUCUUCCUUAAUGGCAAUUCCUUUAUUCAGGGACCUAACAGUGUAAUCCUUAAUGGACUAAAUGUAGGAAAUGCACAGACUGUGACUUUAAACCCAUCAAAAACUUCAUCAAGCAUUGUGAACAAUGGGGCAUCCAUGACUGACAUCUUGGGAUCUCCUUCAGAGGAUGUAAAAGACUUCAAAGUCCUCCAGAGUUCCACAACAAAUUCUUCAGCAACAACAUCCUACAGCCCCAGCGUCCCUGCUUCAUUUCCUGGUUUGAUACCUAGCACUGAAGUUAAAAGGGAGGGCAUACAAACAGUGGCUUCUCAAGAUGGAGGUUCUGUGGUGACUUUCACAACACCCGUACAAAUAAACCAGUACGGCAUUGUACAGAUCCCCAAUUCGGGAACAAAUGGCCAGUUGCUUAAUGGAAGCAUUGGAUUCUCUCCUCUGCAGCUGCCUCCUGUUUCAGUGGCAGCUUCACAAGGUAAUAUUUCAGUAAAUUCAAGCACUUCUGAUGGGGGGACAUUUACAAGUGACUCUACUACAGCACAGCAAGGAAAGGUUUUCUUCAGCUCUCUUGCGCCUAGUGCAGUAGUCUACACAGUUCCAAAUUCAGGUCAAACACUAGGAUCUGUUAAACAAGAGGGCUUGGAAAGGAGCCUUAUAUUUUCUCAGUUAAUGCCUGUCAAUCAAAACCCACAAGUCAAUGUAAACAUGUCUGCUGAAAAUAUCUCAAGCAGCAGCCUUCAUCCUAUGGCCUCAUCAUUAGUUAAUGUAACUCCAACUCACAAUUUUUCCCUAGCUCCCCCUGCUCUACUAAAUGCAACAGAGCUAAACACUGACAUUACUGAGAGCCAGCCCUUGUCUACACCUGUAACAAGCACAUCUACUGUGAUAUCUGUCAGCAACACUAACUAUGCAACUCUUCAGAACUGUUCCCUUAUUACUGGUCCAGACCUAAUGUCAAUUUCAAUGACCCAGCCUGCCCUUGGGGAAAUAGUUCCAGCAGCUGGAGACCGUGUAGGUCACUCCUCCCCAGCAGUACAUGAGGAUUUUGUCAGAGAGCACCGGUUAGUUCUGCAAUCCGUACCUAACAUAAAGGAGGAUUUCAUACCAAGUUCUGAGGACAAAGCAACAAGCAAUUUAAUGAUGCUGGAUUCCAAAUCCAAAUAUGUCCUGGAUGGCAUUGUUGAAACAGUCUGUGAAGAACUGGAAACAGACAAAAAAGAGCUUGCCAAGCUCCAGACUGUCCAGUUGGAUCAAGAUAUGCAAGAUUUAUAAUUUUUCCCCCUUUGUUUUUGGCAUUCAUGUUCAAAUCUUGUCCAGAGGCCCUGAGGACAUUAAGCAUUUUCCCUACUUAAGGAAAAUACUGCACAGUUUGGCAGAGAGAUAUGUUUCAAAGACUUUGAAUUGAAUUUGCAUGAAGACCACAAAUAAAUCGGUGGAAGCGAAACUAUAUCCUUUUUUGUUCACGUGUUAAAGUUUUCUUUUAACCAAAGAAGAGAACAUGAGGGAAAUUAUCAAGUAAAGGUGCGAUGGUUUGGUUCACUUAAUGUAACCCUAAAGGCUGAAAUGGAACUUCCACAUAGAAACUUAUGUUUCAAAAGUAAAAAUAUAUACACACCUAACUUCUAGAAAAUGAAAUGUAGCUAUAAAAGGAUAGAAACAAUGCAAUUCUUUUUGUUUACUUUUACUCCAUGGGCAUUGAUACAUUUUAAAAAGCAUAGACUAUACCUCCAAACUAUUCUUAAGAUAGUUUUGAUGUUAAGAACCUGAAUAAACCCUGAAUACUUCUGUUUUUCAGCAUUUUCCCAGCUAGAAAGUAUUGGAUUGUCUUUGCCGACUGACAGAUAUGAUAGCUGGUAGUUUAAUGAAGCUCAGAUAGCUUGACUCUAAUAAAAACAACUCUGAAAUAGACUCCAUCAUGAAUGUAAAUAUACCAAGUACUAUUAGAUGGAUAUUUUGAAUUAGUACAAUGAAUCUUAUUUAUAGGGUAUGUGUUUCCCUUUAACUUGAGGCACAAUGAAAUGAAAGGAAAAUGUUUUCUGGCUGUUUAAUUUAUUUUUAUUGUUUGAACAGGAAGUAAACAUAGUUGUUUCCAACAAAGUUUUACUUUUUGUAGGAUUUUUAAAGUAAUGAUUUUUAUCAGUAGCCCAAUAAUGUCAAUGUUAAUAAUACUGAAGCAAGAGAACUCUCUCCAAAUAUUCCAACUUUGGUACAUUUGUUCAUAUCCCUAUGCUGUUCUUUAUUUAGUAUUUUUCCAGUUACUUUAAAUACCUACAUAUUUUCUACAGAAUUCCAGGUGCCUUUUUUUACCUAGUGGCCUUUUAUUAUUCUUACUAACGUACAGACAUGUGAGGAGAUAUAUUGACUGUUCUUUGAUGCUCCACCCAGGCUUAAUUUUAUUGUAGAAUUGGUUUAGUCUGAAAACAUACACUAAAAUUUUCAUAAUACUAUUUCUAUUAGUAAUGGUGAUGCAAAUAGAUGAAUUACUGUUAAUGCUUUUCAUUACCGUAUAACAGCCCUAUAAAAAACUUGCACAUCAUUUCAAUCCACAUAGACUAUCCAUAUCUGCUAUCAAAGAAUAAUUUUAGAGAAAAUGCAACAAGUAAAUCUGGUAGAAUGAGAUCUUUCCCUGUUGAAACCUCUAAUCAGUUCUAAGUGUUUUGGAAAAUGAUUUUUCUAUGAGCUAUCGAACAUUAUAUCAUAACUGUUGUUUGCACUAUCUUUUCAUUUCUUUAGGAGUAAUUUUUUUUAGUUCAAGGAAUAUGUGUAAAUAAUGCUGUGAGUUCUGGCUAUAGUUAUCAAUGACUCUGAACACAUGACAGUAAAAUAAAGGUAUGCAUAUGUGGUGAGCAACAUUAUGAAAUUCUUCUCUGGUUUCUAAAAAUCCCAAGAGAUGAGAAUACUUUAUAUGUGAAACUGUCAAAGGUAAAGAUCUCACAUUUGUUUAUAAGAUCAAAAUGAAGGGUCCAUUUUAGGUCCCUAAUCCAUAUGCACAGAUACUACUGUCACCACUGAUAACCAUUUGUACUAGGCAAGGUUUGUAUAGGACCUAAAUUUUGUUUGGCUAAAUGUGAAUGACAUACAAAGAUCAAGAGCUGUACAAGGAAUCCUUUGACUCCUUAUUUUGAUCAAAAGAUCUCCUGUCCUUUUAAAAUUAAAAAUUAGUGAAUAUUCCUAGAGUGCUGAAUGGACAGUGUUUUGUUAAGCUUUGGGGUUUAUUUUUUUUCAAAGUCAAGUGUUUUAGAAUUUUGUUCUCCUCUGCCACUACUUAAUACUGUUUGUUUUUUUUCCUUUGGGUGUGUGUUGAUCAUAUUACUGAGCUUAAUUAUAUGGUUCUGUAGUAUAGUUUACAAGAAAAUGGUAUUUUCCAUGUGAUUGCUACAGAUCUCAAGAGUUUGUUAUAUUUAAAGGGCUACCCAUACUAUAAAGGAGAUGGGAAUGUGUUUAAAGCACCAACUGGGAAAUAGUAUACAUACACAUAUACAAUGUGUCUUCCUAUACAUACAUACACACACACAUACACACACAUACACACUUCUCUGAAAAGUUCAUCCUCCUUUCUCCCCUAAGAAAAGAUAGCACAAAACUUAAAUCUUUAUAGGAGACCCAUUCAUACUCCAAACAUGAACUAUAUAAUCUUUUGAUUGCUACAGGUAUAUACACAUUAUCCUAAGUAAGAGUCAUUGCACAUUAUAAAGAACAUAGUGUUCUUUUCUAGUCUUUCUGUAAGAUAAGGGUCAGUUUAUGUGAUGUAAUGCAUAUAUAUGUGAAUGAGAUAAUAUAGUACUAAUCCCAUGCACUCUUCACACAAAAUUGUAAAAUUAUUAUUUGCAAUACUAAGAUUCUGACCCUUGGAGUUCAUGUGGCAGAACUUCCCUCUUAAAAGAAGUGCUUAAAAGAUGCUGCAAUUGUCCCUCUGAUGAUCCCUGAGAGGAAUCAGAACAGGGAUAUAUAAGUUCCUCUUCAUAACCCCCUGCUGCCUGUGGGGUUUCUGGUAUGAGCCUAUCUAUGCACUAUGCCAGUCAAAAGUUGACAUUGAUUCUUAGUUCUAUAUGGUACAGUCUGUAGGGCAGUCUGUUGUUUAAAGAGAAGAUAUGUUUCUUCCUCAUUCGAGCAAAGACACCGAUGUUUUUCUUUUUCACUUCUCCUGUGCAUUUAUAGGGAUGAAAAGACUCUUUGAAAUUGCGCACGUGUCAGAGCCUUUCCUUGAAUUGUGAAAGGCAGGUAGAUGUUAUAGCCAUAGAUAAAAUCAGUAGUAAAUUGCACACUGGCCUUAAAUUUUCUUGUAUAUGCCCUUGUAUCUUGCAUGUUAAUUUUUGGAUUACUGGGCACAUGUUGCAACCUGCCCUGCUACAUGCUAGACAAGUGUAUAUUAGUACAAUAGCCAUAAGUUCUUCAUUCUUAAUAAUGUUUUUGACAAAGUUCAUCUCAUAAAAAUAUCACUAAUUCAGGAAAAUUUCAGGGAAAAUAUUACAUUUUUCCAGUGAGGAUAUCCCAGAGUCUUCCUAAGACUAUUAGAUGAUAGAGUCUAAGAAUUGUUUUUUGUCUAACUGGUACAUUUCAUAUAAUUUAAUGUUAGCACCAUAUGAUUCUUAACUCAAAAUUGUAUAGCAUGUGGUUCUUUUUGGUUUUCAGGGUUCUGACUCAAAGGAAAUGAAUUCUUUUGUUGCAUGUACUGUAUGUUUAGAAGUAACCAGUUAGUUCUGUACUUACUAUGAUUUUAUUGUGCCUUACAACAAAGAGCGAAUCUAUACAGAAUGUAUAUUAUGGUAUGGGAUAACAAUAAGUCUUUACUGCACUGUUAGGUGAUGGCACACAGAGCAUGUCACAGAACAUUUCUGUGCUUAAUUACCCAACCAAAGAGAUCUAAAGUAUGUAUGUUGUACUGUAAUAAGGGUUUAUGCCUGGACAAUUAAGUGUUUUAUUUGUAUUCUGAAAUGAUGUGAACUUAUUUUUCU